UGAUCUCAACAUAAUUAGCCUUUCCUGCACAUUUUAGUUUUAGGACUUCAACACCAGAAAAAUUUAACAAUCAAUGGCCGAUUCAAAGAAGAAAGUUUGUGUGACUGGGGGCACCGGAUACAUGGCUUCAAAGCUCGUCAAACAUUUGCUCGACAAGGGUUAUUCCGUCAACACCACUGCAAGGAAUCCAGAGGAUGAGCAAAAGGUAGCUCAUCUCUUAAAGCUAGUGGAGGAUCAUGAACAUGGUGACUUGAAAAUUUUUCAAGCAGACUUAACAAAUGAGGGAAGUUUUGAUGAUGCCAUCUCUGGCUGUAGUAUUGUCUUUCAUGUUGCUACUCCUGUGCAUUUUGCUUCCCAAAACCCUGAGGCGGACAUGAUCAGACCAGCCAUCCAAGGUACCCUCGACAUAUUGCAAUCAUGCGUAAACGCAAAGACAGUGAAGCGUGUCGUUUUGACAUCAUCAGCUGCAGCGGUUUCGAUAAAAGAUCUGAGCAAGGAAACCGGUGGGCUGGUGAUGGACGAGAGUUGCUGGACGGAUAUUGAGUAUUUAACUUCUGCCAAGCCACCUACUUGGGGAUACCCGGUGUCCAAAGCAUUAGCAGAGAAGGAAGCUUGGAAAUGUGCAGAAGAAAACAAGAUUGACCUGAUCACAGUCAUACCUUCUCUAAUGCUUGGACCAUCUCUCACUCAUACUGUCCCCUCUAGCAUCUGUCUUGGCAUGUCAUUACUCACAGGUAAACAUGAAUUGAUCAAUGCUCUGAAAGGUAUGCAAAUGCUAUCGGGUUCAAUAUCCAUAACGCAUGUAGAGGACGUUGUUGACGCGCACAUAUUUCUAGCUGAAAAGGAGUCGGCUUCCGGAAGAUACAUAUGCUGCAAUGUUAACACCAGUGUUCUAGAGCUGGCUAAGUUCUUGAGUCAUCGGUACCCUCAGUAUGCUGUUACUACUGAAUUUGGAGAUUUCCCUGCAACGGCCAAGCUGAGUCUCUCCUCAGAAAAGCUCAUCAAUGAAGGGUUCAGCUUCAACUAUGGGAUCGAGGAAAUUUAUGAUCAAUCUGUGGAGUACUUCAAAUCUGUAGGACUUCUGCAGAAAUGAAGAACAAGACCAACUAUCUACUUGCUUAGAGAAUAAGUUAUAAUCCUGAAAUGCUGUCCCGCUCAUGAUUUGCUUUACUAUUUUUCAGACUUUCAUUAUUAUCUUUAUCGUCUUUGAUGCGUUUCCAUGUACUUAUGUCCAUUUCACAAUGUACGUUGAGAUCAUCUAGCAAGACCAAAUAAAAAUUGAGCAAGAUCAGGAUUAA